UGUUAAUCUCCAUUCACCUAUAAUUGUGUUAAUUGCUGGUGUAAUUUCAAGAGUAGCUGAUUUUGAUUCCCAUGAAAUAAUGGAUACGUCCCAUGGUCUAGAUGAAGGAUUAAUUUCAUUCAUAUUCUCAUCUGAAACAGGAUUAGAUUACAUGUUACAAUUGGAGUUAAGGUCAUGGUGAUGAUCAAUAUUCACUAAUUCAGAGACUUGGGAAUUGAAAGGAAAAGUGUAACAACCCCAAAGAUGAUUAAUCUGAUUGUAGAGACACAAUUUUCUGGACCUGAUUGUUAAUCAAGAGACAAAUUUCACUAUUUAAAUUUAAUCAUCUUCUCAUUGUCUUUACAUUUGAUUCUCAAGAAAAUCUCACGUAUUCUGGUUACUACAAAUUCAAUUAACUUGGCGAUUUUUUGAAACAUGGAACCAAAAAGUGAAUCUUAAUUAUCCUCUCAAUCAUUUUAUAAAUCCUGAUGAUCCCUACUGACUCAUUACCUCCCAUUCAAUGGUCAAGAUUAACUGGACUUGGAGAUAGAAGACCAAUUGAAGAUCUGAAUGACCCUUAACCUUGGUAAUCUGGUAUUGAUCCAGGUCAAUAAGACCUAAAACAAGAUAUGAUAAUCAGUAUUUAAAAAGAUAAUCUAAGCUGAUCAGUAAACGAAAAGUUAAUCAUCAUCAUCAUCUUGAUGUUUGUCAACAGUUAAUUAACCACAAUCAGAUUAUAUUCAAUAAUCAUAUUUACGUGUUCUCUUAAUUUCUAUUGUCUCUUUUUUUUCUGCUUCUGAUUAGUGGUUCAUGUGUCACGGAAAAGUUUCUUCACAUACUCAACAAUUAAAUUAGAUUCAAUUUGCCUAAUGAACGAUUGAUUGUAAUGGACAACAUUGAUUUCCAAUCAUAAGGAAUAAUCGAUCUACCUUAAUUUUUGAUGGAAAUUACUGAAAAAUUUUGCAGUCAAACAAUCAAGAAAAUUGGAGCAUAUCAACUUGGAUUAAGUUUGUGUUACAUCACAAUCAGCUUAAUUACAAUAACUCUCGCUGAGUUUACUUUCCAAUAGCUAAGAUACUAAAGGAUUCAUUAAUUAUACUCGAAGUCAACUCAAUGAAUUAAUUAAAACUCUAGUCAACAUUACCAGUUACCCAGCGUUAUCGUUGAACGAUAGGAAGAGACUGAGAUACACGAAAGUGACCUUAAGAUGGACAUGAGGAUAAGAUGACAAGAAGAUUUCACAACCUGAUAAACAAUCAAGUAAAUGAGCAAUAUCAAGGAGGAGAAAGACGAUGACGAAAUUGAGGAUGAGAGAGGGAAAGAGGGCGAAUAAGAUUAUGAGGAAGAUAAUGAUGAUGAUGAUGAUGAUAAACGCGUGCUGAUGAUGACGAAAACUGAACAAGUUAGAGUAAGAAAAAAAAAAGAUGAUUCUUGUUUCUUUCAUCAUCUUAUUCACUCUUGAACUGACACAUCUAAAGAUGUAAACAAAAUUAGAUGAAUCAUAUAAUCUAAAUAAGGUUGAGUAUUUGACAAUAACAAUUUAAUUAAUUGUUGUGUAUUUUUUUCCCUUCCAAAAGUUUAAACUUUAAUUUUGUGGUUUUCCAAUCAUCACGAUGGCCUUUAAAGUUAAUCAAUCAUCACCAAUCCACUGGAAUUACUAUUUAAAUGAUAUGUGGAAUGAUUUAACGGACAAUCGUGUCUCUGAAUUACCAAUUGUCAGCCGAGGUCCAUGGUUAAUAGUGACCUUUAUGGUGACCUUUUUGUUAACAUCAAUACGAGUCUCAAAUUCAAUGGAAUCCAAGAAAUCGGGUUACUUCAUGAAACCUUUCCAAAUAAUUUACUACGGUUUCUUUUUCGGUAUUCAUGGUGUGGCAUUUCCGGUUGUUCUGGCAUUGGCCCAAUCGCUGGUCAACACGGUUCGGUGUAAUUUCAACGAUUACUUUGAUUCUGACCUUAGAGGUACCAUGUUCAUCUAUGCCAGUUUCUUGUACCUGUUGAUCAAGUUAAUCAACACAUUUGACAUUCUAAUCCUCCUUUGGACAAAAGCAGUUAAUCAGAUUACUUUUGGUCUAAUGAUGGAAACAAUUUUUAAUCCAGUUGUCAUCUAUUCAGCAAUUAAAUACUAUCCUGGUGGAAUUGUUUAUUUUCCAAUUGCAUUUGAUUGUUUAAUUAAUUCAAUCAAAUAUGGAUUAUUAACUCGAGCUUGUGCCUCUGCAUCAAUUAAACCAAUCCAAAAUUGGGAACAAUUAAUUCAUUAUUUGAAAAUUGUUCAAUAUCUAAUUAUCACAAUUCACUCAAUUUAUUCACUGACCAUUCCAAAUUGUGAUUGUCCACUUGGGUUACGUGUUUUCUUUGCCUCCAUUCAUUUUAUACUUGCAAUUAGUUACUCAUUUGAUGGUGGUUACUUUUUUUACGCAACUAAAUCAUCACAAUCAACAAAAUCAUCACCAUCAUCGCCUAAAUCAAGACAAACCAAAGAUGAUUAAUCAACUUUUCCAAUUGAUUGUAACAAUAACAACAACACUCAUCACAACCUUUAAUAGUUACGGUUAACUUUCUCAUGCUUUUGUAAAUCACAUCUUUAAUUGUAACUAAAUCAAACAAUUUAAUGGCCUGAUUUUAGAUUGAAUCUCUUUCGUCAAAUAUUAACACUAAUGUUGACCAUUAAUAACAAUCGUAAUAAUAUCCAACCGGUUACCAAUCAUAAAUUGUAACUUUAACUGAUUAACGAAAAACAAGUUAACCAGUUUGAGGUUCAUUCUUAAUUGUUUGGUCCAUUUUUAGCAAUUGACUGAUUAACAUUGGUCAUAAUCUCAAAUGUUGAUUUCAAACAAUCAGAAAUUCAAAUUGUUCACUAUUGUUUUAAUUGUUAUUUCCAUUCUCAUCAAUUCUGAUUAAAAGAAAAUUGCUGUUAAUUGUGCUCUUAAUUAACCAUAGAAUUUAAAAAACUUUCUUAAUUGUUUAAAUGUUUGUUAUUUUUUCUCGGUUCAUUUAUUAUUAUAAAUAAAUUGUAAUAUUAUGUGA